UAUACGCCUAGAUGCGAAAGCUCCUCCAUCCGCGGUUUCUCUCCUCACCCGUAUAUAUUACACGUUGUUGCGCCGCUCCGAAGAGCCGAGCUUUUUAUCGCUCCGGCCCACGCUCGGUUUAACGGCUCUGUUUCACUGUUCGUCGUCUUAGUUCUUGUUACCGGAGUUGAUGGUGGUUCAGUGCACUUUGGGACCUAAAUUGUAGUUUUCUUGUUUUUCUCAAUUGUGUAAACGACAAAAAGAGAAGAAAAGGGACAAAAGUGGCCCUCUGAGUGAUCGGCUCGAGCUUGCGAUCGAGGGCCGCAGAAAUAAUGCCGUCGACGGCGGUACUGUUGGCCGCGUUGCUGCUGGCCGCGUCGAGGAUCACCGGUGCCAUGGACCUCCACUCGGAGGAGCGCAAGGCCCACCGGGCGCUCGAACCAACCGACGCCGAAUCGGGUCCCGGGGAGUCGGAGAUCGACGAGCGCCGCAAGCUCGAGGCUCUGGAGAAGCUCAAGGAGGCACUGGGAAUACUCGGGACCGGUGGUGACGACACCGCCCCGCCGCAGUUCAUGACGGAGCUGUACAACACGGUCACCGACGCCGAGGGCUACACCAAGGCCAGGAACCCCUUCGGGGCCAAAAUCGUGCGCAGCUUCGUUGAAAAAGCUGCCGAGGAUCCGUCUGCGGGGGUGUACGCGUUCAACCUGUCGGGCCUCGAGCUCAACGAGUCCAUCCUCGAGGCCGAGCUCCACCUGUACCGCAAGCGAUCGCUGGCCGGUCUGACGCACCCCUCGGUACUCUCCUCGCCCUACUACGUCAUCCGGGUGUAUCAGGUGCUGCCGGACAAGAGCUUGGACGAGCCCGACCUCCACAGAUUGCUGAACGUCCACUACGUCGGGGCUUACGGUUUCGGCUGGCAGGUCUUCAACGUGAAGCUGGCCGUGCUCUCGUGGCUGUCGGAGGAAUCGCCGAACCUCGGGCUGCUCGUCGCCGCGACCACGAUAUUCGGGGACGUGGUGCGCCUGGAGUUUGUGCGGCGCGGCAGGGAGCCCGUGGAGAAGCAGCCGAUCCUCGUGCUAUUCGACGACGACGCUAUUACCAGCACCCCUGUAGAGCCGAGGGAGGUGGGGUUGGCCAAGAGGCGGAGCAAGAGGCACGGGGCCGGACAGCCCGAGGUCGCGGGGUACGUUGACAGGGGCUGGCCGGAUCGCUACCGCAGGGAGAAGAAGAGGCGCAGGGCCGAGAAACGACGCAAGGCUCACGGUUUCGUGCCAAAGCAGAGGAGCCUGGAGCAGACAAUAACGUCGAUGGACGUGUACGAGCGAGCGGUGCUGCGUGAAAAGUUGGGCGACAAGGAAGCCCCGAGGAGGCAGCUCGAGGGGAAGUCGUCGAGAGGAAAACGGGAGGCAAGGGAGGAAGAGGGCAAGUGCCGGGAGGAGCCCGAGCCGUGCGCGAGGACCGAGUUGAGGGUGAAUUUGAGGGACAUCGGCAUGGGGGUAAUUGCGCCCGAGAUCUACGACGCUUACCAGUGCAGGGGACACUGCAAGUCGCCGCUCAGCCAAGAUCAGAAACCCACGAAUCACGCCACGAUACAGGGCAUCAUCAACAAGAUGAACCUCGCCCCCGAGCAAGACGUGAGGGAGCCGUGCUGCGUGCCGGUGAGCCUGUCGAGUAUCUCGAUUCUUUACCACGACGAGGAAAGGGACGGGGUCGUGCUGAAGAGCUACACGGAUAUGGCGGUCGUGAGCUGCGGCUGUAGGUAA